GUGGGAGUUGGUGGUUCCAACCAUCCAACCAAGCCAAGAUUCGCCAAGGUAAAACCAUCAACCAAGUAACUACCUACCAACCAUAGGAGCCAAGAUCGAACUGAGCAAAUAAACCAUGACAUCAUUCUUUCCUUGUCCACCGUGGUAGAGCUUUCAGUAAGCGCGGUGUGUUACGCAAAAGGUGUUUACAACUCUUUGGACAUUUAACAGUAUUAACACACUCUACGAGUUCGAAUUCAAUGUGGUAUAUUGACCGAUUUUAAGUUUACUGCGCCGUUUUCGAUUAGAAGUUAUUUCAUUAAAGACACUAUGUUGAAAUUUACAGUUGGUGCUCUCGUAGUUUUAGGAUUUAGCUUAUAUAAGGGUUCUGCUUUGCAAUGUUGGACAUGUUCGAGCGACAUAGAUCGCAGUUGUGCGGACAGGUUCAAUGCAUCAGAUUUCCGAUUUGGUCUUGGAUUCGACCAAGCCUACCAGUCACCUUAUAAUCAACAACCAUACGAUCCGUACAACCAGAGGCCGUCCGACAGGGACCGAGACUACAGAACUCGUGACUACAACAGCAGAGAUCCAAACACCAGAGAUCAAUACGAUAGGGAUCGAUCGCGGGAUGCAUACAAUCGGGACUACAACACCAGAGACCCUAAUUACAGGGACGGAAAUAGGGAUCCCUACUUUGACAGGGAUCAUAGGGAGCCCUACAACAGAGACCCCAAUAAUCGGGAUUACCCUCCUAGAGAUUACAAUCAAGGCCGCAACUACGAUCCCAAUUAUCCUACCAGGGAUGUUAACUACCAAAGGGCCCAGGCUCAGGUUGCUAGUCAAUCAGGGCCUAGGUUGACUACGUGCAAUGAGGAGGAAGCCAGACUAAGAAGGAUGAGAAAUGUUUGCAUCAAGAAGGUUCAAAGAAUUGGAGAUUAUCAACUAACAUACAUCAGACGUUGCGAGAUGAUUCCAUUUGAAAAGGAAGUUGGUACUUGCUAUGAAGCAGUAGCCAGAGGCAUUUCAUUAGAUUUUUGCGAGUACUGCGAAUACGAUGGUUGCAACUCGGCCACUGGAUUGAAAUUCAACAUCUUCCUCGCCAGUUUUGUACCUUUGGUUCUUAUAUGGGCCUUUUCUUCGUAACAGAGAAGUUUUAAUUUUAAUAAGCAGAGUUGUUACAUGAAGAUGUUAAGAGAUAUAUAUGAGCGAUACAAAGUUUUCAUCUGAUUGAAAAUCUAAUUUCUUAUUGGAUCUGGUAAAUAUUAUACAUAUACCGACCUUUGUUAUAUACAAUAAAUCAAAGUUCAGAAUUUUUUAUAUUACUCCACUUUUGUAAAUAAAAACUUAAUUACAUUUCAUAUUCCUAAGAAGUUACUUGAAUGUAUAAUAUUUUAAGGUACUAAAAAGUUCAAAAUAAUAAUUAAAGUUUCUUUUAUAAUAAUAUAGGUUAAUAUAGUAACUUAAGUUUUUGCGAAAAUUCAUCACAAAAUGUUGUGAAAUUUAUUUAAAUAAGUAAAAAUGUAUUAGAUUUACUUGAAGUAAAAACCCUUAGAUAUGGUUGAUUUUGUAACACUUAAUUUUCGGGAAUGAUCUGUUUUAUUCUUCCGAUUAGCUAUUUUUCAGUUUGCUAUUAAUGUUGCUAGGAUAAGAAUAGUGAAAUAUAUGUGUAUUUUUAGUUA